GUUGAAGUCGUUCCUUUCCAUGCUGCUGCUUAACCAACAUGGCUGGUGGUAAAAUGUUAGAGCCCAAGAAGCGUAAAAAUAUGGAGACUGAGGCACAGAAUAACGAAACGAAGGGUGGCGAGGAGCCCGGGCCCAGUGAGCAGCAGCAGGCCGCCUUCUUCCCACCCACCUUCAGUGUGUCUGAGAUAAAGAACAAGCAGCGCAGGCACUUUAUGUUCCUAAAGUUCAAGCAAGAGAGGAGGAAGGAAAAGAUUGCUCUUAAGAAAAAACGCAAGAAGGAGAGGGAGGCACUUGGAGACAAGGCUCCUCCAAAACAAGUUCCAAAAACAAUUGAAAACCAGCGUGUAUAUGAUGAAACAACUGUGGACCCCGCAGAUGAAGAGGUAGCAUAUGAUGAGGCUACAGAUGAAUUUGCACCUUACUUCAACAGACAGACCACUCCCAAGAUCCUUAUUACAACAUCUGACCGCCCCCGCGGGAGAACCGUGAGGUUUACAGAACAACUAGCUACUGUUAUUCCUAAUUCACAUGUAUACUACAGAAGGGGUCUUGCUUUAAAGAAAAUUAUCCCACAAUGUAUGGCUCGAGAUUUUACAGACCUUAUUGUUAUCAAUGAAGAUCGCAAAGUGCCAAAUGGACUUAUUCUUAGUCAUCUACCUGACGGGCCAACAGCUCACUACAAAGUGAGCAAUGUGCGCUUACGCAAGGAAAUAAAAAGAAAAGGAAAACAGCCAAGUGAGCACAAACCUGAAGUCAUUUUAAAUAACUUCACAACACGGUUGGGACAUUCCGUCGGUCGAAUGUUUGCCUCUCUCUAUCCACAUGAUCCACAGUUUGUAGGAAGACAAGUGGCAACUUUCCACAAUCAACGAGACUACAUCUUUUUUAGAUAUCACAGGUACAUUUUCAAAAGUGAAAAGAAAGUAGGUAUACAAGAACUUGGACCGCGCUUCACAUUGAAACUAAGGUCCCUUCAAAAAGGAACGUUUGACUCGAAGUUUGGAGAGUAUGAAUGGAUUCACAAGCGACAUGAAAUGGACACAAGCAGAAGGAAAUUCCACUUGUAAACCUGGAUAUCUCAACUUUUUUAAAUGUACAAUAUGCUGAAUUCAAAUUCGGCAGUCUUAUAACGUUGCCAUCUUACACCUGGAAUUACAGUGGUCAAAUUGUGGACUCUUGCAAUAUGUUGGUGGAUUCUUAUGAAUUUCUACUCUGUCAUGUCAAGAGGAGGAUGUGCGGUGCCUAAAUUUAAAAUAUUAUGUUUUUGGAAUAUUUAGUGUGACUAUUGUCUUUGAUACUGGUUCUGUCACCAAGUGUGGUUGAUACCUCUAGUCACAAUGAUUUUAUAUUUCAAAUACAACUUCAGAAAAAACAUGGACAAUUAAAUCAAAUGAAUUUAUUAAGACAAUGCUCAUUACAUUUUUUUCUUUUUUAAUGAAGUAAUUGAAAGCUAUUAAAAUGAUAGGCACAUUUAGGAGUACUAUUUAGAGGUAUAGUCAAUAACAACCUGCUCCUUGCUAUGUUUAAACAAAUAACGGAUUUCAGAAAUGACAAUGUAUUUUAGAUCCUGGGCAAGGCAAGGGAACCAGUUUAGGGGUUGGUCGCAGUCUUCUACUUGUUUCUGAACUUUAACUUGUAUUGUCAGUGUGUUUUUUUUUUUUCUAGUGAUCACAAUUCCAAAAUGUAUUCUGCCAUUAAUACCCUAUAAUCUUGAAAUCACCACCUCCUGAAAUCAAACAAAAUUAUCUGCAUGCAAUUGAAAAAUAAAAUGGCAUUUUUGGGGAGUUUAGUUAUUACAUCACAAGGUGAAGUGCCUAUAUAUUGAUUAUAUUUGUGUAGUGAUGGUACUAGGUGAUGAGUGCUGUUAAAAUACCAUUAGUUUAUAUUUCACAUAUUUUAUUUAUUUUUUUCUGUCAAAUUUCAGUUAGUUCCCUUCUGAAUCAUGUGACAGGUAUCCGCUAAUCACAAUGUAUAUACGGUGCAUCUUGCAAAUUAAAUUCUGAUUUAGGAAAUGCGUAUAAAAAGAAGUAAACUGGAGAAAAAAGCAUGCUCUGUGAAUCAUGAAAAUUUGACUAUGGGGUCCCUUUAACCUGUUGUGCCAAAAACCUUAGAGAAAUACACAUAAGGGAUGUGAAAAGUGAUAUUAUAGGUACAGUGCGCAUUUAUUUUUAUUAGUGUAAAAGUGUUUUCUCUCUCUAACUUUAAUAGAGCAAGAAGACUUUGUUUGGUGACCACAUCCAAUAUGUGUGGGGUAAUUUUAGUGUAUUUUGCUCAAUGGGGGGGAACUGAGGUUGAGCAAGUCCUUUUCACUGCUGGAAAUGGCCCUGAAGGUGUCUUUAUUUCUCUUACAAGGUGUAUCCAGUCCACGGAUUCUUCCUUACUUGUGGGAUAUUCUCAUUCCCUACAGGAAGUGGCAAAGAGAGCACACAGCAGAGCUGUCCAUAUAGCUCCCCCUCAGGCUCCGCCCCCCCCAGUAAUUCUCUUUGCCGCUCUAACAAGUAGCAUCUCCACGGGAGGGUAAAGUGAAUGUGGUGUUAGAUUUGUAGUUUUUAUUUCUUCAAUCGAGAGUUUAUUUUUAAAAUAGUGCCGGUUUGUACUAUUUACUCUGUGGCAGAAAGUGAUGAAGAUUUCUGCUGAGAGGAAAACGAUUUUAGCAUGUUGUAACUAAAAUCAAUUGCUGUUCCCACACAGGACUGGGGAGUACCAGAAAACUUCAGUUGGGGGGAACAGUUUGCAGGCUUAACUGCUAUAAGGUAUGUUUCAGUCAUUUUAUUCUAGUCAAGACUUAGUAAUGCUAGAAGACUGACAAGAAUCCCCAUGUGGGAAAGGUAAGCCAUAUUCUGAGACUUAGUAUAGAAGGAAGGCUUAUUUAAAAGGGCUCAAAACACUGGUGGACACUGUUAAGGGGCAAUCGAUUAUUUUAUAACAAAAAUCUAAUCUUUUUACAAGUUUUUAUUACAUUUGGAACGUUUUAUGGGGUUUAUUCCACAUGGCAUAUAUUUAGACACCUAUUUAGGCUUGUGAAGGCCCCACAACUCCAGAGUGGAGAGGGAGGGGGGCCUAAAUUCGCGCCUCAAUUGCGCAGUUGUUAUUGCAGAGUGGAGGGUCUAAAGAUUACUUGAGGACUUCAUAGAGGCUUAUUUUCGAUCAAAACUAAUCCCCAAGGAAGGUAGGGCCACAGCAGAUUGCUGUGGCAUGGUGCUGUAGUUUGCUAACCGGUUGCCAGCUUUACUUUGCUCCGGUUUGGCCAUUAAGGGGUUAAUUGACUUGACUUCACUGUGCAAUCAUUUCAAAGCAUUAGGAUCAUAUGGUGAAAAUUUCAUAAAGAUUGGGUUAUUUUUUGAGAUUUAGUAAAAAAGUGUGCGCUUUUUAUUAUUUAAAGGCACAGUACUGUUUUUUUCUAAAAUUGUAUUUUUCUGUAUUUGAGUGCUGUCUAAGUCUGUUUAACAUGUCUGAGCCUACAGAUAGACGUUGCUCUAUGUGUUUAGUAGCCAUGGUGGAACCCCCUUUACAUUUGUGUUUUAGUGUGCUAAUGUUGUCUAAGCAUUUUAAAGAUCACGAUGUUUCACUUAUAAAUGUAUCCCAAGAUGAUUCUUUAACAGAAGGUAAUGAGGAUAGCCCACCUUCCUCUCCCCAUGUGUCGACACCAGUUACGCCCGCUCAAGCGAUGCCUAGUACCUCUAGCGCAUUGGCCCUUAUUACAUUACAACAAUUGGCAGCAGUCAUGGAUAAUUCCCUUGCUGCAUUUUUAUCCAAACUGCCAGUUUUUCCUAAAAAGCGCGAUAGCUCGGUCUUAAGAACAGAGUGUGAGCAAUCAGAAGCUUUGGAGGAUUUAUCUGUUAUACCCUCACAACACUCUGAAGUGUCGGUGAGGGAUGUGCUGUCCGAGGGAGAAAUUUCUGACACUGGAAAGGUUUCUCAGCGGGCAGAAUCAGAUUCCUUAGCAUUUAAAUUUAAGCUGGAACACCUCCGCGUGCCGCUUAAGGAGGUAUUAGCUACGCUGGAUGAUUGCGACCCCAUGGUGGUCCCAGAGAAAUUGUGUAAAAUGGACAAAUAUCUGGAAGUCCCUGUAUACACUGAUGCGUUUCCGAUCCCGAAGAGGGUGGCGGAUAUUGUGGAUAGGGAGUGGGAGAGACCAGGUGUACCCUUUGUUCCCCCCCUAUCUUUAAGAAAAUGUUCCCCAUUAUUGAUCCCAGGCGGGACGCAUGGCAGACGGUCCCUAAGGUAGAGGGGGCAGUUUCAACACUAGCCAAGCGCACAACCAUACCAAUUGAAGACAGUUGUGCGUUCAAAGAUCCUAUGGAUAAAAAAUUGGAAGGUUUACUAAAGAAAAUAUUUGUGCAACAAGGUUUUCUUCUCCAGCCUAUUGCCUGCAUUAUUCCUGUAACUACUGCAGCGGCUUUCUGGUUUGAGGCGCUGGAGGAGUCGCUCCAGACGGAGACCUCAUAUGACGAAAUUAUGGAUAGAAUUAAGGCGCUAAAGCUGGCUAAUUCUUUUAUCACAGAUGCCGCUUUUCAAUUAGCUAAGUUAGCGGCGAAAAAUUCUGGUUUUGCCAUCAUGGCGCGCAGAUCGCUUUGGCUUAAAUCAUGGUCGGCCGAUGUGUCGUCUAAGACAAAGUUACUGAAUAUUCCUUUCAAGGGAAAGACCCUUUUCGGGCCCGAGUUAAGAGAUUAUUUCGGAUAUCACUGGGUGAAAGGGCCAUGCCCUCCCGCAAGAUAGGCCUUUUAAGGCUAAAAACAAGGCUAAUUUUCGUUUCUUUCGCAACUUCAGGAGCGGUCCUGCUUCAACCUCUGCGACCGCAAAGCAAGAGGGUAACUCUUCACAGCCCAAGGCAACCUGGAAACCUUUGCAGGGCUGGAACAAGGGUAAACAGGCCAAGAAGUCUGCAGCUGCUACUAAGACAGCAUGAAGGGGUAGCCCCCUAUCCGGGACCGGAUCUGGUAGGGGGCAGACUCUCUCUCUUUGCUCAGGCUUGGGCAAGAGAUGUUCCCGAUCCCUGGGCAUUAGAGAGAGUUGCUCAGGGAUAUCUUCUAGAAUUCAAGGACUCUCCUCCAAGGGGAAGGUUCCACAUUUCUCGUCUGUCUACAGACACGACAAAGAAAAAGGUGUUCUUACGCUGCGUAGAAGAUCUACUCAAGAUGGGAGUGAUAUAUCCAGUCCCAAUUACAGAACGAGGACUGGGUUUUUACUCAAACCUGUUUGUGGUUCCCAAAAAGGAAGGAACUUUCAGACCAAUCCUGGAUCUAAAAAUUCUAAACAAAUUCCUCAGAGUUCCAUCAUUCAAAAUGGAAACCAUUCGGACAAUUUUGCCGAUGAUCCAGGAAGGUCAAUAUGACUACUGUUGAUCUAAAGGAUGCGUACCUACAUAUUCCUAUCCACAAAGAUCACCAUCAGUUCCUAAGUUUCGCCUUUCUGGACAAGCAUUACCAGUUCGUGGCCCUUCCUUUUGGGUUGGCCACUGCUCUCAGAAUUUUUACAAAGGUGCUAGGGUCCCUCCUAGCGGUACUAAGACCGCGGGGCAUUGCAGUAGCACCUUACCUAGACGACAUCUUAAUACUGGCGUCGUCUUUUCACAGAGCCAAGGCUCAUACGGACAUUGUUCUGGCCUUUCUAAGGUCUCACGGGUGGAAGGUGAACGUCGAAAAAAGUUCUCUGUCCCCGCUCACAAGAGUUCCCUUCCUGGGAACACUAAUAGACUCGGUAGAAAUGAAAAUAUUUCUGACAGAGGUCAGGAAGUUAAAGCUUUUAGCUACUUGCCGAGUUCUUCAUUCCAUUCCUCGGCCUUCUGUAGCUCAGUGCAUGGAGGUAAUCAGAUUAAUGGUUGGGGCAAUGGACGUGGUCCCUUUUGCCCGAAUUCAUCUCAGACCACUGCAACUGUGCAUGCUCAAACAGUGGUAUAGGGAUUAUGCAGAUUUGUUUCCUCAAAUCCAACUGGACCAGAAAACCAGAGAUUCUCUUCUCUGGUGGUUGUUUCAGGAUCACCUGUCUCAGGGAAUGUACUUCCGCAGACCGGAGUGGAUCAUUGUAACGACCGACGCAAGUCUGUUAGGCUGGGGCACGGUCUGGGGCUCCCUGAAAGCUCAGGGCCUAUGGUCUCGGGAAGAGUCUCUUCUCCCGAUAAACAUUUUGGAACUGAGAGCGAUAUUCAACACGCUCCAAGCAUGGCCUCAACUAGCGGCGACCAAAUUCAUCAGAUUCAGUCGGACAACAUCACAACUGUAGCGUACAUCAAUCAUCAGGGAGGAACAAAGAGCACCCUAGCGUUGAAGGAAGUAACCAAGAUCAUCAAAUGGGCGGAGGAUCACUCCUGCCACCUAUCUGCAAUUCACAUCCCAGGAGUAGACAACUGGGAGGCGGAUUUUCUAAGUCGCCAGACUUUUCACCCGGGGGAGUGGGAACUCCACCCUGAGGUUUUUGCUCAGCUGACCCAGCUAUGGGGCAUUCCAGAAUUGGAUCUGAUGGCGUCCCGUCAGAACACCAAACUUCCUCUUUACGGAUCCAGGUCCAGGGACCCCAAGGCGGCACUGAUAGAUGCUCUAGUAGCGCCUUGGUCCUUCAGUCUGGCUUAUGUCUCUCCACCGUUUCCCCUUCUCCCUCGGCUGGUAGCCAAAAUCAAACAGGAGAAGGCUUCGGUAAUUUUGAUAGCGCCUGCGUGGCCACGCAGGACUUGGUAUGCAGACCUAGUGGACAUGUCAUCUGUUCCACCUUGAACACUGCCAUCGAGGCAGGAUCUUCUAAUUCAAGGUCCAUUCAAGCAUCCAAAUCUAGUUUCUCUGCAACUGACUGCUUGUUGAUUGAAAGCUUAAUUCUAUCUAAGCGUGGGUUCUCUGAAUCGGUUAUAGAUACUAUGAUCCAGGCUAGAAAGCCUGUCACCAGGAAGAUUUACCAUAAGAUACGGCGGAAAUAUCUUUGUUGGUGUGAAUCCAAGGGUUACUCGUGGAGUAAGAUUAGGAUUCCCAGGAUAUUGUCUUUUCUCCAAGAAGGAUUGGAGAAAGGUUUAUCUGCUAGUUCCUUAAAGGGACAGAUAUCUGCUCUGUCUAUCCUGUUACACAAGCGUCUGGCAGAAGUACCUGACAUUCAAGCGUUUGCACAGGCUUUAGUCAGAAUUAAGCCUGUCUAUAAACCUGUGGCUCCUCCAUGGAGUCUUAAUUUAGUUCUUUCAGUUCUUCAAGGGGUUCCGUUUGAACCUUUACAUUCUAGAUAUUAAGUUAUUAUCUUGGAAGGUUUUGUUUUUGGUAGCUAUUUCUUCUGAUCGAAGAGUUUCAGAAUUGUCUGCUUUCCAGUGUAAUUCACCCUAUCUGGUGUUCCAUGCAGAUAAGGUUGUUUUGCGUACCAAACCUGGUUUUCUUCCGAAAGUUGUUUCUAAUAAGAAUAUUAACCAGGAAAUCAUUGUUCUUUCUCUGUGUCCUAAUCCAGUUUCUAAGAAGGAACGACUAUUACACAAUCUUGAUGUGGUUCGUGCUUUAAAACUCUAUUUAAAAGCAACUAAAGAUUUCAGACAAACAUCAUCCUUGUUUGUUGUCUAUUCUGGUAAGAGGAGAGGUCAGAAAGCGACUGCUACUUCUCUUUCCUUCUGGCUGAAAAGCAUCAUCCGAUUGGCUUAUGAGACUGCUGGACAGCAGCCUCCUGAACGAAUUACAGCUCAUUCCACCAGAGCUGUGGCUUUUACAUGGGCUUUCAAGAAUGAGGCUUCUGUGGAACAGAUUUGUAAGGCAGCAACGUGGUCUUCAUUGAAUACUUUUGCCAAAUUUUACAAAUUCGAUACUUUUGCUUCUUCGGGGGCUAUUUUUGGGAGAAAGGUUUUGCAAGCAGUGGUGCCUUCCGUUUAGGUGACCUGACUUGUUCCCUCCCUUCAUCCGUGUCCUAAAGCUUUGGUAUUGGUAUCCCACAAGUAAGGAUGAAUCCGUGGACUGGAUACACCUUGUAAGAGAAAACAGAAUUUAUGCUUACCUGAUAAAUUACUUUCUCUUACGGUGUAUCCAGUCCAUGGCCCGCCCUGGCAUUUAAGUCAGGAUAAAAAAAAUGUUUGUUUAAAACUAGUCACCACUGCACCCUAUGGUUGCUCCUUUUUCUCCUAACCGUCGGUCGAUGACUGGGGGGGGAGCUAUAUGGACAGCUCUGCUGUGUGCUCUCUUUGCCACUUCCUGUAGGGAAUGAGAAUAUCCCACAAGUAAGGAUGAAUCCGUGGACUGGAUACACCGUAAGAGAAAGUAAUUUAUCAGGUAAGCAUAAAUUCUGUUUUAUCAAGAAUUUGCAUUUUACAUGAAAAUAGGGAGAGGGAAAAAAUAAAUAAUUGAAACUUGAAAGGCUGAUUGUGAUCACAUCAAAAAUGGUUCCACUGGCAACUGUUAACAUACUUAUACAUAAUUAUGAACGGAUAGAUUGUGACCGUUUUCUAAGAGCAGCAUCACUUUCCAUGUCCUGCUUUGGACCAAUAAAGAAGUUUUCCUGGUCCUCCA